AAAAAAAGUGCUAUUUGAAAUAUGACAUUUCUUCAUGUAAACGUUCUCUCUGCUUUGUCAGUACACCUGAUAGCCUUCAGUGGUGCACAUAAGUGCUGAUAUUACUACUUUUGAAGAGAAUGUGGAGCCAGGCUUCAGAAAUAGGAAGCAAUAUUUGUAUUAAAAAUUGCAUAAUGUGGAACAAAAAGGGGGAGGGGAAGAGAUAGUGCAAGAGUUGCACCAAAAGUGGCUUUCUUUUCUGGCAUUGCCUAGUAAUUUCCGUCAGUGGGCUAGGUCUUGAUUGCUUUUUUGACAAUCCUGGUAGAUAAAUAAGUUCAUAUAAUUAGAGGCUGCUUUUUAGAAGAAGCAUGAGCCAUUGCUCCAAGCAGAAAAGUGCGCUUUAUUUUCACAAAACAUCAGUCUUCUGAUCUUUAGUGACCCUCUUUAGCAAAGGGAUUUACCUCGCUAAAGCACUGAACAUCAAGGUAAAUAUGGCUUGAUGUCACUAAAAGUUUAGAUCGGUGUAUUUCAAGUUAAGAAUAAUAGCACACUCCACAAAAAGUAACCUCUUAAAAAUAUAACUUUUUUAUGCCAGUGAAACAUUUUCUAUAUAAUUUUAAAUAUCUUCCAGUAAAUCCAGUCUGCCAUGACUUGUUUGUGUACCUGAGAUAUCUAACAUAAAGCUAGGUAGCUUGAACUACUUUUAAGCAAUGUUAAAUUCUUACCAUCAAGGAGGAAAGUACCUACCUCUUUAUUAUGUUCCACUGCUUUAAAAACACUGCUAUUUUAAAUUUGCUCUGCAAUAAUUUCAGACCACAACUGUGAUUUGUCCCUUUUUGUCAAAUGCAUUUAGCCUUAUGAACUAUGCAUUCCUAGUGUUUCAGAGAUAACCAGUUACCCAAAACUCUACUGCAGAGGUGAAGCAAUGAGCUAAUUGGAUGAUCACAAGAAAUUAAAUUAUUUAAUGUAACCCUGUGUCUCUGAGCCCGCGUUGCUUAGGAGCUGACCUGUGCUUGCAGUAAAUAAUACUGUAAAGUCUUUCUUUUCUUUUUAAACACUAGGUGCUAAUUCUGAUAUCUAGGUACACAGGUUUUCCGAGGGGGGGGUAGGGGUAAGCAAACUUUGAACUAUUGUGUAAAUUGCCAUGUUUAAAUAAAAGUGUGUACAUUAUGGCCUUGUUAAUGAGUUCCUAAAGAUCUUGUCACUGGGUUUUCUUAUGUUGUUAAUGAUUAAUGUGAAUAUAAUUGUGACUGCUUCUGUGUUUUUGCAGACACAAUUCUUAGCCAUUCAAGUGCAAGUCUAGGUAACAAUGUCCUUUUCUUUGCAGAAAGAUCAUUGUAGUGAUUAAGUACUUAAGAACGACUUGCUGGUGCAUUUGUACUAAACUAUCUCUUAUUCAUAUGCCAUCUUGUUAUCAAGCCACUAAAGUGGGAGUGUUUUCAGCAAACAAAUCCUCCGAAUCCCAGGUGAACAAUCAGAAUAAUGUUCAACAUAAACCUGUUGGAGAACCUGAAGGUUUACAUCAGCAGUCGACCUCCGCUAGUGGUCUUUAUGAUCAGUGUAAGCGCUAUGGCAAUAGCUUUUCUGACACUGGGUUAUUUCUUCAAAAUCAAGGAGAUCAAGUCACCGGAAAUGACAGAGGACUGGAAUACUUUCCUCCUGAGGUUUAAUGAUUUGGACUUCUGUAUAUCUGAGAAUGAAACCUUAAAGCAUCUCAUCAAUGAUACCACAACUCCAGAAAGUACGGUGACUAGUGGACAGGCGAGAUCUUCUACACAGUCUCCACAGGCUCUUGAGGACUCUGGUCCAAUAAACGUCUCUGUUACAAUCACGUUGACGCUGGACCCGCUCAGACCAUUUGGGGGAUAUUCUCGCAAUGUCACACAUCUAAGUUCCACAAUUUUUGGACACCAAAUUGGACUCUCAGGCAGAGAAUCCCAUGAGGAGAUAAAUAUUACAUUCACCCUGCCGGCUGCCUGGAAUUCAGAUGACUGCGUUCUUCAUGGCCACUGCGAGCAGGUUGUGUUCACAACCUGCAUGACUGUGACAGCAGCCAGCAAUGUAUUUCCUGUCACAGUUCAGCCACCACAUUGUGUUCCUGAAACAUACAGCAAUGCUACACUUUGGUACAAGAUCUUUACCACAGCAAGGGACUCUAAUACAAAAUAUGCACAAGAUUAUAACCCUUUCUGGUGUUACAAAGGAGCAAUCGGAAAAGUGUAUCAUGCUUUAAAUCCCAAGCUAACUGUUAUAGUUCCAGAUGAUGAUCGCUCUCUAAUAAACCUGCAUCUCAUGCAUACCAGUUACUUUCUUUUUGUGAUGGUGAUUACAAUGUUCUGCUAUGCAGUAAUUAAAGGCAGACCAAGCAAACUAAGGCAAAGCAAUACAGAAUUCUGCUCUGAAAAGGUUGCUUUGUCAGAAGCAUAAUCCAUCCUCUCCUUUGACUGAGAAUGACUGAGAACCGUAAUCAUUGCCUGCUGAACCCAGAAUGGGUCUUAACACUCUGUGAAUACAUUAUCUUGCAAUGUUGGUUUAUUCCAACCAAAGACAUUUCAAGUGCCUGUAAUUGAUUUGUACAUAUUUAUAAAAGUAUAUUCAGAAUAGAUCAGAUGAUGCACUUGUUCCGCAUUGUAGUGCGGCCGGAAAUUUCAGUCUUUACCUGUGGACAUAGCCGAAUGUUUGUGUAGAUAUGUUUAGUGAUAUGGCUACAUAUAGUCAGAGCAAGAUAUUUUUGUCUAGCUGCAUCUGGGCAGGUUAAGAUGCCUUUGCAAGUGUCUCAAACAAAUGAACAGAUCUUUUGUUUUUUGCCCAAUUAUAUGUACAGUGUGUUUGAAACAGUAUGCACCUUUGAUAUAAUACUGCAUUUCCAAAGCCACCAAUCUACUACAUGAAUUAAAUGUGUAUUUGUGUGGCCUAAUACUUUAUUCCAUUUGCUCCUUGCUUGCAAGAAAAGAUAUCAACAUUUUAGAUUUUUUUUUUUUUUAAAGAAAUACAUAUUCACAUUUUAAUAGUGCUGUAUUUAGGACAAACUUGUGCUUUUAUUCAUAGUAAAAAAAAUAAGAAGUGAAGUCCCAUUUUAAAAUGUUUCUUAAUGAAAAGUGCUAAGUUUGAUUUUUUUUUUUUUUUUUUAAUUUUUUUUUCAUUUGGCUUGCUGAAUGCCAGAGAACCAGUCAGCAUAGAGACUAUCUGGAAAGCUUUCCACUUGGCCUCCCAUCCGCAGCCCUCAAACCAGGAUUGUGUGUGUCUGCUGCAGAGCAGCUUUCUGUAAACUUUUUUUUCUAGAAAGUGAAACUUAAUAAAAAGAUGUAUUGUAUUAACAGUCUGUUGGGGCUCUGCACAGCCUUGGGCAAGUGCAAAUAAUGAAAGGAAAAGAAAUCCCAUAGUCUGUAAUAGAGCUUCACUUUGGGACUCUCCAUCCAUCUCUGAAGGGCAGCUGAAAAUGACACUUUUAUUAGCUUUGUCCCAUUUCCAUUUAAUGCUGUCCACUCAGGGGAAAAUGACAAGGAGAGGACUAUGGCUGUUGCGAUUAAGGUCAAAGAAACCACACAGUAAAACACAUACUGUUCUCUCUGUCCAUUCCUAAAUCAGAGGUUUUAUUCUGUGUGUUUCUCCCUUUCCCAUUCUGGCUUUUGCUGUUUCUUUCUGGCUUCUUACCGAGUAGCUUCCUUAAUUUUCAGGAGUCGGGGUUUUCCUGCAGACUUUUCCACCACUGCUUUUAAAAUCUCACUGAUUGCCUUAAUUGACCUUUCAUCUUGCCUUUCAGCUUUCUCGUCAGGUAGUAUAACUGUAGGUCUGCAUACCUACAGAUCAGCUUUUUCCCCUCCUCCUUUUGCUCUAAACUACACAAAGGAAGAAACUCAAGUCAAAAUCUCACAGUCUCAAUUAUGCUGGCAUGAGAUUCUUGGUUCAUUACUUAUAGACACUAUUGAGUGGUACCCUACUGAUCUGUAUGUAUGGGACUUCCGUAAGUUCACGAGUCUUCAGAGCAUUUGAAGCAAAAUAGCCACACUUUUCUUCAGAACGUGUUUCCUUUAUAGAAUUUCAGUUACUUAAGUGGUGUUAACUAACAUGCAUUUUUCUCCGGGAGUGUUAAGGCAAAGCUUUAGAGAUGGCCUAGUUUGAAGUCUAGGGAUAAAAUGAAGCUUCCAGUUUUCUCCUGAUGCUGCUAUGGGCUAAUACUGCUUCACUGAAAUGAAUCAGUGAAGUCAAAACAGGUAGACGGCUUCUCAUGAAAACUGUCCAAGCAGUUCCUAAUUCACACGUACCCAGCCUUCUGCAUUAAUACUGACUUCUAGAGUUGCCUACGAGGGUGGCUUGAUCUGGGGACCAAAGGCAGGAAUAGGAAAUGGAUUGGGAUGGUGUUGCAAAUUCUGGAAAUACCUAGAAAGCACCCACCAUAAUGCGACUCCUCAAAAAAAAGCAAAGCCAAGUCCUUUCAGCAAAUUAAAAAUUAAAACUCCAGAUGUUCUAAGUGGAACUUGAUCUG